CAGAGACUCGAUCGUUUUCCCAGGAGCUGAGAAAUAUGAGUGCUCGAGUAAGAUCAAAAUCUAGAGGAAAGGGAGAUGGAAAAAAAUCUAAGCUGGAUGAACCUGGAGUUGCUAAGCAACCAGGUAAAAAAACACCUCAAAAAAAGGAACCACCUACUGAGGAUCCAGAUAUUGAGCCUGGACAAGAGAGAGAAGAAGGAGCAUGUGGGGUUCAAGAACCUGAACUGGAAGCUGAAAGCCAGGAAAAGGAAAAGGAUCUGGAAAAGACUGGAGGUGAGCGUGGAGAUGGCCCUGAUAUGAAAGGGAAGACUACACCUGAUCUAGCAUUUGCUAAAGUUCAAGAAGCAGGUGAUGGACAGUCAUAAGUUAAAAAGAAGAGAAGAUGAAGCCACACAUACAGUUUGUUAUAUUGAUAAUUUGGCUUAAAUUCUCUCAAUAAAGAUUUAAAGUUUGCUCUGA